ACGCAAGGCGAAGUCAUGUAUCUGCCACACGUGCGGCGCUCACCUGAACCGACUCCACUCCUGCCUCUACUGUGUCUUCUUCGCCUGCUUCGCCAAGAAACACAUCCACGAUCACGCCAAGAGCAAAAGACAUAACUUGGCCAUCGACCUGCUGUACGGGGGAAUCUACUGCUUCAUGUGCCAAGACUACAUAUAUGACAAAGACAUGGAACAGAUUGCCAAAGAAGAACAGAGAAAAGCCUGGAAAAUACAAGGUAUAGGGGAGAAAUUCUCAACGUGGGAGCCCACCAAGAAAGAGCUGGAGCUGCUUCGCCACAACCCCAAAAGAAGGAGAAUCACCUCCAACUGUACCAUUGGUUUGAGAGGUUUGAUAAACUUGGGCAACACGUGCUUCAUGAACUGCAUCGUCCAGGCGCUGACACACACUCCACUGCUGCGGGACUUCUUCCUGUCUGACCGGCACAAAUGUGAGAUGCAGAGCAACUCGUGUUUGGUGUGUGAGAUGUCUCAGCUCUUUCAAGAGUUCUACUCAGGCCACCGCUCGCCUCACAUCCCCUUCCGUCUCCUCCACCUGGUGUGGACUCACGCCCGUCACCUGGCUGGUUACGAGCAGCAAGAUGCCCACGAGUUCCUCAUUGCGGCGCUGGACGUCCUGCACAGACACUGCAAAGAUGAUAACGGGAAGAAAGCCAACAAUCCCAACCACUGUAACUGCAUCAUCGACCAAAUCUUCACAGGUGGCCUGCAGUCUGACGUCACCUGUCAAGUCUGCCAUGGCGUUUCAACAACCAUAGACCCGUUCUGGGAUAUCAGCCUGGACCUGCCUGGUUCCUCCACACCUUUCUGGCCUCUCAGUCCUGGAGGAGACGGAUCAGCACUGAACGGAGAGAGUCACGCCACUGGAGCCACAACACUCACAGACUGCCUGCGCAGGUUCACCAGACCAGAACAUCUCGGCAGCAGUGCUAAGAUCAAGUGCAGCGGCUGCCACAGUUACCAGGAGUCCACCAAGCAGCUGACCAUGAAGAAGCUGCCCAUCGUGGCCUGCUUUCACCUCAAGAGAUUUGAACAUUCGGCCAAACUACGGCGAAAGAUCACAACUUACGUCUCCUUCCCCUUGGAACUGGACAUGACUCCCUUCAUGGCCUCCAGUAAAGAGAGCAGGAUGAACGGACAGUACCAGCAGACUGUGGACCCCUUCAACAACGACAACAAGUACAGUCUUUUUGCUGUAGUGAACCACCAGGGGACACUGGAGAGCGGCCACUACACCACCUUCAUCAGGCAGCACAAGGACCAGUGGUUCAAAUGUGACGACGCCAUCAUCACCAAGGCCAGCAUCAAGGAUGUGCUGGACAGUGAAGGGUACCUCUUGUUUUACCACAAACAAUUCCUGGAGUACGAGUAGCCUCCUCCAACCCCGCAGUACAGCCCACUGACAGAGGAGACGACACCAGGAGGAAGGAGUUGCAUGGAAACAGGUGACACGUUGUUUGAUCAAAGAUACAAGUGACACAAACCAACACAAGCCUACCUGAACCAGUCACACUCGCGAGGUUCGCUAUGUCACAGAACCACCUUUUACCACAAACUAUGAACAAGGUCUGAGUCGAGUUGGACGCCAAACUGUUUCUGAAUCGUGCAAAAAAGAAAAAAAAAAAAACGCAAGAAACCCCGGAAGCGACAUUUCUCGGGCGCUAAAAGAACAAUGUGUUCUUGCACAAAAGCGUUUGCGCAAAAAGUUUGUGAAAAAAGAAACCUGCAGUAGAAGAAGAGAGUUGAUCCAGGGCAGGUUUUCAUGAUCACAGAUGCUGUUCGUCACCAGUGUCCUGCUUCACGCUCACACAGCUGCAUAUUUUCAGACCUACAGGUGCUAAGAACCAGAGCCUGAGAGCUCACCACAAAAGUAAGUUUUCAUUUUCUCGUCCUUUUCUGCUCUUGUGCACUCCUUUAAAUGACCAAAAAGUCCAGAAAUUUGAUGUGAAAUUUUGUGUUGUGUCACACACAAAAAAAAAAACAGUGAAUGAAUGGUGUGAUGAGUAUCGUAAAGAUGGACCAUUUACAGAUGUUAAUGUGAUUUCGUUGUUGUCAGACACCUGUAGGUAACCUGUAGUCUUCACUGAGGAUCUGUUUCCAUUAGGUAGCGUGUCAAAGGGAUGACGGAUAUAUUUUUAUACUUCUUUAUAUUUCUUUAUCCUCCCUCGUCAGUGUGGUUGUGUGAGGCACUGACACAUUCAAAGUGAAAACUCCUCUGUCUCAGGCCACACAGUCAUUCUCAAUGGAAAUAUGGCAGCCAGUGUGGGGCACAAUUAAUUUAACAAAUAAUUUAACAAUAUGUCAACAACACGUCUCAAUGCCUUUUUUUUUUUUUUAAAUUAAUUCUGAAUGCUACCUGCUCACUGCCCACACAGAAGUCCAUACAGUAAACAGUAAUUUAUAAUAUUUCACCCAGUCAAAUCAAAACAGUUUUUUGUGUUUCCGUACCUCAUACAACCACAAAUAAAAUAAUUAAUUAAUUAAAAAAUAAAAAUUAAUGUAUUAAAUACUACAUUAAGUUUUUGAUUAUUAUUCUCGAGCGCAAAAAAAAGCGAUGGUAAUAUUCACAGAACUGCUGCCUGUUUUAAUUUGAUGGAGGAUAAUCUUUUUUUCAACAUGUUACAGAUUCAUAAUCUUCACCUCAUCACCAUGCUGUUUCAGUUAGAAAAAAAAGAAAAGAUGAAGAAGAUGUUAAAAGUGAAAAGACAGAAAGUGGAUUGUUGCAGUGUUCACAGUUUGGCUGCAUGUCUCUCUCUCUCUUUCUCUCUCCCUCUCUCCCACUCACUCUUUCUCUCUGUGUUUGUAUGUAUAUGUGUGAAUGUGUGUGUGCACGUGUACGUGCCCCUAAAGGGGAGGAAAAACACCUCAGUGUAUGUGUGUUUGUACAAACUGUUAUAAUGUAUGUGGAGAAGAGUAAAAAAAAAAAAACAAAAAAAA